CGCCGUCGCCACUAUUAGAUUCAAAAUGGCCGGACGUCUCGUCAACUUUUUUCUCUGUAAAGCGUCUGUGUUUCUAAUUUAUAAAUAAUACAGAAAAAACUUAAAUUUUCGCAAAAAUUAUUCAACAAAUUUAUCCACAAAACUCUAAUACAUAAAAUAGUAAUAAAAUGUGAACACAAUUCGGAAUGGUUACAAGUGAAUUUUUCGUUCGAUUAUCGUAAAUUUUUUUUCGUUUCGUUUUUUCUCAUUUAUAAUUUCCUUGGCUUAAUGGAUUUUUCCUCGGGGGGGAAAACGACAAGAUUGUGAGAAAAUCAAAGAAAAAAAUAAAAUAAAACGAUAUUUUUCGCAGUGAAAGUUUUUCGUGAAGGAAACGAAAUUAUUUUUAAUGAAAUUUAAUUAAAAAAAGUUAUUGCAUUAACCAAAAAAUAAAACAAAAUACAUGCCUCAUUUAUGUAUGUAUAUGGAAUUUAAAAAGAAAAGAAAAAGUAUUUAGCAAAAAGAAGAAACUAAUUGUUCACGAAAAUUCCUUCGCUAUGAACUCUGCCAUGGAAUUGGAUGAUUUGGACAAUAUCACCAAAAAUGAUUUUUUUCCGCUAAUGCCAAAUAUCAAGCAGGAACUUCUUGAAGCAAAUGAGCCUCCAAGUACUGGCACAACAACUGGAAAUCCUUGCGACAGUGCCGAGAAGCGGAUUGAAAACACAUCAACGAUUGGUGAAUCGAGUUCCACAAAAUGCGUUUGGUGUUCCCAGUUUCUAGUGGCGGUCGAUCGACCCAAGCUUUUAGAAUGUCUCCAUGUCGCAUGUUGCCAAUGUGUAACAACCAAAUUUUCCGAGCUCGAUCGCACAAUGCCACCACUCAUACACUGUCCCGUUUGCAACAUGGCCUCUCAAACCGAAUUCAUAAUAGACAACCAUUUCCUAAUAGAGCAAUGCAAUUCAGGCGAUCCGAAUGCCAGCACAGCUGGAAGCAGCGAUCCAGACAACAAACAAAGCGCUGCUGCAUCAAUGAUUAAGUGCAGCAGUUGCAGUGAUGAUGCGAAUGCAACUUCAUGGUGUGUAGAUUGUUCGGAAUAUAUAUGUGAUAGCUGCGUGCAAGCACAUCAACGGCUGAAAAUCACCAAGGAUCACACAAUCAAGCCGAAAGAAGAGGCCAACUGUGAGACAUCGACAGCUUCACAAAGCGAUCGCAGUCUGAGAUGUCAAUUGCAUCCGCAGGAGAAGCUUUCACUAUUUUGUGAGACAUGCGACAAGCUGACAUGUCGUGACUGUCAGUUGAGUGAACAUCGUGAUCACAAAUAUAAGUUUGCACAUGAAAUUGCCACAGAGACAAGAAAUUCAUUGGGAUCACUUCUUAAUGAGAUCAACUAUAAGCGUUUCUUGCUCACUAGUGCGAGCAAAGUUAUUGACGACAGACAGAAUCUGAUAACUGACAAGAAGAAGGACCUCAUCAAGGACAUUACAGCGAUGGUUGUGAAGAUCACAAAUACUGUCAAUAUGCGUGGCAAGCAGCUGGUUAUGCGACUGAACGAAGUUUGCGAUAGCAAACUGAAAGUUUUAAAUGAGAAAAAGGAGGCGCUGCAACUGUUGUCGGAAAACACAGAUCACUGUAUUGACUUUGUGCAAGGCGCUUUAGAUAGGGGCAGCGAUUGUGCGAUAUUAAGCAGUAAAAAAUCUCUUGCCAGGCAUUUGCAAAAGCUUAAAUGUCAACGUGCUGAUAUCCCAAAUCCAGAGAUUCCAGUCAGAAUUCAAGUUCAACUUAAUCAGGUGAACGAGCUUCAGAAAGUCAUUUCUCAACUUGGUGUAAUUGUUGUCGAUGGAAAACCAUAUCCUCCACCACCGGCGACUAAUGGACCUCCUCGCCAGCAGCCGAGUCCGAACAUGGCUCCACCACUGCGCCCAGGGCUUCCACCUGGUAUGACAACGGGGUUAUCCCCCGGCGGCCCUGUUCCAGGUCAAUACGUUCAAAACGGACCACCUAUGUACAACAGUACGUCACCGCAACAGCAAUUCAACAAUAUGCCAAUGAAUAGACCGUUCCCAGCAGAUGGGCCAGGUAACGACAGAAGGGUCAGAUUUGCGGGGAUGCCACCAGUGGGUAUGCAAAGGCAAGGCCAACCACAUGUCAGCUCAUCAACACACCCACAAAAUAUGGAUAUAAGCUUACGUGGUCUUCUCAAUAAUCAAGCAGCUGGACAAAGUCCCAACCAGCCUCACAUGUCAUUUAAUGGCCCACCCAAUUAUCCUGGCGGAGGUCCACAGGGAGCACCAUCACCACUGCAAAACAUCGGGCCCCAAAUGAGGCCGCAUUUUAUGGCAGGUCCACCGGGACAACAACAUCAAAAUUUCCCCCCAAACCAACCUGGUGGACCGAACACUCCAAAUUUUAUGAAUAAUGGGCCACGAUUCCAGAAUUUUCAACGCAUGAGCAAUCACCAACCAGCGAUGGGUGGCGGUGGGGGUCAAAUACCAUCACCGGGUCCGAUGCCAAGACCAAAUAUGAUGCAAAGUCCAAUGCAGAAUAAUUUGGGGUUUCCUGGAAGCCAGGCUGGCUUUAACGCCGGCCCUCAACAACAAAGCCCUUUGGGCGGAGGAGGCGGAGCAAUGGGUAUGCCUGGGAUGGCCAAAUGGCAUAUACCACAAUCCGCCCAACAAAACAAUGCCUGUCAAGCACAUGGGCCGAUGAUGCAAUUUGCCAAUGGGAGGCAAGGUGAAAAUUUUAAAAUUUCACUUAAAUCACCUAACACGCUAAAGAAUACAACGCCAAAUGGCCAAAUACAUGGCCCAGGGAGUGUUUUGCCAAAUGUAACGUCAACAAACCCCAAAACACCAAGUCCCAGUACAAAUGAAAACUCAAAAGACUUUACUGAACCUAUUGACAAAGUUCGAGAUGAUUCCAUUAACGAUCUUAUGGCCACCAUAGCCAAACUCGAUUCCAAUGGAGUGCAAGUUUUGCCCGAAGGCCGAACGAAAACAACUUCACCACAAGUUCACAGCUCGACGGAUCUCUCCAACACUCAAGAAGUUAAAAAUGAUCAAAAAGAUGACCCAAACGAGGAUUGGUGUGCUGUUUGUUUGGACGGCGGUGAAUUAAUGUGCUGCGAUAAGUGUCCAAAGGUAUUCCAUCAGAAUUGUCACAUUCCAGCAAUAAGUUCGCUGCCAGACGAAAGCGAAAGCUGGCAAUGCCUUCUAUGUGUAAAUAUGGGGGAACUUGCCAACACCGUACAAUUGCAACAGAAACCAAUCGGAGCUGAUCUUACUCCUAGUGAAUUGUUAAUGAUCCAGAGGAUUUGUCUGGAAUUGUAUUGUCAAUAUGAACAGAGCUUGCAUUUCCGUGAACCCGAAUCACCAACAAACACAGCCUACUAUGAGAUAAUUUGCAGCCCAAUGUCCUUAGAUGUAAUUCGAACAAGAUUGGAUCCAUCAAGUCCCAACCACUAUAAAGAAAUCGCGGGUUUUAUUGCCGAUGUUCGAUUGAUAUUUAAAAACACGUACCUCUUCUAUCAGGAGGAUUCAAAAACGUACCAACAUGCCCGCUAUUUAGAAAUGUUUUUCGAGGAGCAAUUAGUAAAAUGGUUGCCAAAAUUCGCACACAGUAACAACCAUGCAACUGCAAAUGGUAAUCAACCAAAUGCAGCAGCAUUAGCAGCAGCAGCACUAGCAGUUUCUGCAGCGGCUGCAAGUUUGGAAAAUGGUACUGGUGCAGGCACCUUAAGCGGCAACGAAGAAGAUUGCAAUCCACCAAAACGGAGCCGGAAAUUAACCGAAUAAAGCAGCAGGAUUACAUUUGAAAAGCAGCUGAUUUAAAUUAAAAACAAAAAACAAAAAUUAAAACAUAAGAAAACAAUGAUUUUAUACUUUUCAAAAUUGUAUACACAUAUGCACGUAGGUAUUAUUAUUAAUCAAUGUUGUUGAUAUUUUUGUUUGUAGGGUUCUAAUCGUAUAAACAUAGUUUUAAGUAAGAUUCUACUUAAUUGAGAGCAUUGCGAGAUUUCAUCUAUUGUAAAAUUCAAAUUGUAUACCAAUUUUAUUUCAAUUAAUUAUUUCACUUCUCAUUUAUAAUUCAAUUCGAUUCGUUCCCAGAGCGGUACCCUUUAUCCUAUUUUAGUUGUAUUCAUCGUUAUUUUCUUUAUAUUAUUAUAAUCCAUGGAAAGACAUUGUAUUUUAGUUUUCAUUAUACAAAUUAAAUAAAAAUCAAACAAUGAAUGAAAUUAUAAGUAAACUUUAGAUUUAAGUAACAAAAGCAUUAAAGAACAAAAAAAAUAAAAAAAAUAAACUUUCUCAUACAUUAAUUAUUUUAUGUUGUAGAAUAUUUAAUUAAAAAAAAUGUAAAUAAGGAACAAUAUCAGACAUUAUUUUAAAUCAAAUAAUUAAACUUAUAAACUUAAAUCCAUUAAACGGUGAAUUCCAAGCACAAUGUUAGUUAUGUAUUAUGUUUUAUUUCUUUAUCUAUUUUGUUAUGUCCAAGCAAUAUGAUCAUGCAUUCUCUUGUUCGUUGGAAGUUCUAUUUUUUGCUUUGUUCAAAAUAGCUCCUGGCAAAUGAAUACUGUUUUAAAAAAGAAACUCAUAUAUUUAAAACCUAUCUCAUACGAGAAGACAUCAAAUGAAUAAAAUACUAGAAUUAAUUUAAAAAGUUAUUUCCUACCAAAAAAUGCAGAUUUCCCAUACAAACUCUUAGCAAUUAAAUCAUUUUCCAACGUUCAUAGAUCAAUGUUGCUUAACAAAGCUUCUUCCAAACAUAUAUAAAAUGUAUAUAUACUUUCCUAAAAAAGAAACAACAAAUGUAAGUUAUUUCUUUUAAAGCUAAGAUAAAUGUCACCAUUUAUUUCGUUAAAUAAAAACAAAUUAUUAUAACAAAUACAAGAACAAAUAAAUAAAACAAUUAAGAACUUAAUAAUCAUGACACUAUUCAGGAUUAAGUUAUGUAUUCGAAACAACAAAAACAAUAAGAAAAUACUAUUUUAGUUUUUCAUUUAAACUACUAUUAUCAUUAGCAUAUAGUGUAUUUAUACAAUUAUAUAAAACAAAACAAAAAAUAAAAACAUUUAUUGAAUAAUAUAAUAAAAUUAGGAAGAAAAAUGAAAAGCAAGAUAAGAUUAAAUACGAAUCCGUACUUGUAGAAAAUAUGAGAAUAAAAAUUUUAAUCGUACUCCAAAAUAUAA